CGGCAGACACGAUCACGUACACACCGACACACGUGACCGCGUCAGCCUUCUCGCAUCAAACUCGAAGCCAGACGACAUUGGGGCCAAGACGGCAGUAGUCUCACGCAGCGUGCAGUCAGUUUGCAGACCGACACCGUAGCGAUCGGACGUGUGUUUCUGCGCGAAAGAUACAUCGUUACAUCUUGACUCGAGUAAUCGGACGAUCAGCAAGGGGCUGACACAGACCAGUAACACGCAUCUACCUGUCACCUGCUCCGGACAAUAGUUCAAGUUCAUCGUGUUUCUCUACGGAGGAAGAAACGAGUCCGAUGGAUUCGCGUAUUUGAUCUACGCAAAUUUCUACGGUUUCACGCGAAAACACGCUCAGUGCUAUCAUUAGUUUUUCGACGUGUGCCUUUUUUCCUAUUCUUUCCAUCGGAGAAAGAGAGAAAGAGAUCAUACAAUUUCACGGAGAAACGGAUACUGUUUUUUGCCGCAUUGUACACACGUUACGAAGAUACUCUGUUUUUCUUCGUACUUUUUUUUUUUUUGGUAUUAUAAUAUUUACCGUUUAGUGUGACAUAAAUAACACGAUACGAUACCGUCACUCUUGAGGGAUUCGCUUGGAUUUACCCGUGGAAGAGGGAGAACGGUUUCAAUCGCGAGCCGCGAUAACAGGCGUUAUUAUGACGGUGACUCUCGUUACAUUGGUUCGACGAACGGGAUACUCCACGCUGAGCCAGUGACUAUCUCCGUGUCUCGCGGAUAAACUAUACAUACUAUUCAAUCGUUUGCUAAUCGACGAGUGCAGCGCACCGUCAACUUUCAUCAAGUUCGACGAGGAAAAGUGGAUCGCUGUUCCAUCGUUCGAUCGUGUUCGACAGAAUCUUUCAAAAUUGAUGUACUAAGAAGACAAAUUAUGGUGGCAGAAAUUGUCGCCCGUCAGAGUGGAUCGCCCAUCAAUGGUGAGACCGCGUGUCUGAACAGCAAUAUGCCGGCCACUCACACGAUAGCGCACACGAGCCACGGUGGCCACGGUGGCCACGAUGCCCACGGGCCCCUGCCGCCCCUCACCCAUCCCGUCCAUCAUGGCGCGCCACCGUUAACGUUGCAACAACAGCAGCAACAGCAGCACCAGCACCAGCCCCAACACCAACCGCCGCCGCCCCAACAGCAAGCCCCGCAGCAACACCACCACCACCAUCAACCGCAGCAACAGACGCAGCAACAGCAGCAGCAGCAACAGUCGCAUCACCACCACGACGCCCAACAGGUGACACAUCCAGAAAAUUUCCCCCCGAACUUCGACAUCAGAAAAGAGCUAUUUUCCCAGCGCAAGCAACGGGAGUUCAUUCCGGACAACAAGAAGGACGACAGCUACUGGGACCGUAGAAGGCGUAACAACGAGGCGGCCAAACGAUCGCGAGAGAAGAGGCGUUUCAACGAUAUGGUGCUCGAGCAGCGAGUGAUGGAGCUCAGCAAGGAGAAUCACAUUUUGAAGGCGCAACUCGAGGCAAUACGCGAUAAAUUCGGGAUAUGCGGCGAGUCCGUGAUCAGCACCGAGCACGUGUUGGCGGCGUUGCCUACCGAGCCGCCAAUAGGCGUGAAAAGGGCGAAAAUACCGCCCUCUGCGGCUCUUCUCUACGCGAGAACUCCGAGCCCUGUCCACACGUCGGUCAUACAUCAGCCGGUAAGCGGCGCGAGAUCGCCGAGAUCGCCGGCGCAGCUGUACGUGGCCGAGACGCCCUCGUAUCCUGAAACGGAGAGUUUCCAAUACACUUACCCCCACCCGGCCAUGCAUCUGGACACGACGAGCGCCCUCAGCCUGUCGCGCGGUCGACGCGCCCAGUCACCGUUCGAGUUGUCGUCGGGGAGCGGGGACGAGGGGCCCCAAUUGGUCGUAAGCUCGCAAAAUCCGGCAGCCAACAACAGUCUACCUCACAAAUUGAGGCACAAGUCGCGCAUAGGCGACAAGGACGCGGCGAGCGCUCUGCUGGCCCUGCAAGGUAUUAAACAGGAGCCGGGGCCGAGGGCGUCACCGCCAUGGGACAACGAAGGCUCGAGCGACGAACGCGAUUCGGGCAUCUCAUUGGGCGCCGAGUGGACCGGCUCGACCGUUACCACCGUUCCCGAGAACGAGAGGGAGGUAAAGUCGAGGUUGGAUCGUCUCGCCUCCGAGGUGGCGUCCCUGCAAUCGAUACUUCGCAUCGGGAAACCGGCGGAGAGCAGUCUGGUCACGGGUCACUCGUUACCCCCGAACGCCGCCGUGAACGGGCCGUGAAACGAGCGGGCCUCGUCGUAUCCUCUUCAUUAGAUUUUUCGAAGGAAACGGGCGAAACACGUUGCUCUUUGUAUCGCGACGAUUUCUCGAACGCGAGAAUGGCGAGAGAGAGAGAGAGAGAGAGACUUUUCGAUCGCACGCGCAAACGAACGUGACGAUGACGAUAUUGAUUGAUAUGAUAGAUAAUAGAUGGGAGUAGCAGUCGAGUGAUCGUCGCUUGAUUUAUACGUUCUUUCUUCAUAUAUGCGUAUAAAAGAAUCGAAGCAGAGAGACGAAGAGGAAGAAGUGUAUCACCUGUCGAACGAUUACGAUUACCAACUUUUUGCAGUAUUGGAUCAGCGUGUACUUGUUUUGAUAAUGGCGGCCAAUUGAAUACGUUUCUUCUCUUGUUUCUAAUAAGGACUAAGGAACUAAACACGAUCGACGAGACGAAUCGAGGAUGCGUUUCACUGUUUUUUUUUUUUUUCGGGUGCCCUGUUUGCCAAAAUGGGACUCCCUCUUCUGUCCCACGGUAUCGUAAGGAUUAGAUGAUAAGA